GGGGCGUUUACCGUAGCCAGAUAUGUGGCCAUCUGAAGUUGUUUUUGCUGCUGCUCAGUUAGACCUAAGCAGCGCCGUGGUCGGUGCUCUAUGGCGCAUCACUGAGAAGUUCUUUGUACUAAGUUAAAAGCUGACUCAUCCGGCAUAGGAAACGAAUGCCGAGAGUGAUUAUCGAUGGAUGACUUGGGCGAUCUGACCAGUGGGCAAAACGCCGCCCUGGUAAUUUUGGCCUUCCUUCAAAUGGACUGUAGAAAUUCUGACUACAGGAAGGAGCUUUUCUCCCUGGAGCAAGAUUAUAUUAACGUUACCCGGGACAUCAAUUGCAAUAGCUCCUGGAUAGACGUCCAGGACGAAGGAGACCUUGAAACUGACGGUCACCUGCCCGUUUGCAUGCCACUUUCUUUUGGAGAUAUUCAGCCUUCAGUGGAGCUGCGGCGGCCUGGGGACCAUGGAGAAGCAGCAGCACUUCAGCAGGUUGCAGAAGGGCUGAGAGAGAUUGCAGCCCAGCUUGAACACAAUGUUGUGGCUCAGGCUACCCAGAACCUGAGAAGGAACAUAUCAACAUCCCCCUCUGAACAGUGGAAGGACCACCUUACCCAGGAGGUGGACAGGGUGAUGAGGCAUGGCGUGGGUCUGGAGCAUCUACCCCAGGAGCGAGUCAUCGUGGCCCUCACUCUCACUCUGGUGAGGGGAGUGUGCGAGAAGGCCCCGCAACUGCUGCGAAACCUCUUCAACACAGCACUGCAGUACAUCAGCCCUGUGAGGGCCAGGUGAUUUCUGAGCUGCCAGCUGAGAGUAAAUAACUUGGAUAUUUGUGACUGAAUAUGAAACUGGCACCUGCUCCUCAUGACCAGUUGACUGUGAAAGGAGCUGCGUUGACUACAACAGUAUUAGAAACACUUUCUUAUAUGAAAUAAAGUGACAGUCUUUUGAGUUUAUGGACAUGUAUUGAAAACGGGAAAUAUUCAGUUAAGUUAGUGAUACUUGAAUUUUCGUUACUUUAUUUACUUAAUGCUUCUGUUUACUUUUGGUUAAGUGUUAUCUUUUCAUUUUACACUUAUACAUGUAUGACCAAAGGAUUGUAAAACUUGAAUAAAUAAAUAUUUUCUGGGGUUGA